GGCAGAACAAACAUACGGUUGCACUUUGGAGUGCUGGCUCUGGUUACUUAGCCUCUGACUAAAGCGUGGAAUAAAUUUGCUCUCCGCAGGCAUGGCUACAUUUUCUGUUUUUUUUCUCCUUUCGGUUCUGCUUCAGCAAAAGCUCCAGAUCUUUGCAGGGCCAGUGUUCCUGGAUAAGUGGGAGGCAGAUACUCUUUUUCAGCGGUACAGGCGGGCAAACACAGGUGCUUUUGAGGAGUUUUUUAAAGGGAAUUUGGAAAGAGAGUGCAUAGAGGAGAAGUGUAGCGUGGAGGAGGCCAGAGAAGUCUUCGAAAAUGAUGAGAAAACAAUGGAGUUUUGGUCAAGUUACGCUUAUGGGAACCAGUGCAAAGCAACACCAUGUAAAAACCAGGGCACAUGUGAGCACCAACAGAGCACAUACAUAUGUCACUGUCGACCAGGUUUCACUGGACAGAAGUGUGAAAUAGUGACUGCCAGGCAGUGUGAUAUUAACAACGGAGGCUGCAUGCAUUUCUGUUCCACACUGGAGACUCAUGCUGCAGUGUGUUCCUGCGCUACUGGGUACAAACUGGUUGAGGAGGUUAAAUGUGUGCCUGAAGUGAAGUUCCCCUGUGGUGUUAAAGAAUUGAGUAAAAAGAUCGUUGUGAGAGCUUUAGGCUCCAAACUGCCUAACAGGACAGAACCUGAAAGUAUUGUUAGUCAGAAGAGAGUUACCACUGCUAACAAAACCAUAAGCCAAACAAAGGGAAAAAUCACCCCUUCUCGUUCCAAACUACCCAUGUGGUACCAUAACAACACAGAGCAGGUCAACAACAGGACUCGCAUCAUUGGUGGAGACUCUGCAUUGCCUGGAGAAAUUCCCUGGCAGGUGGCCUUGGUGCUGCGUUCCACACAGCAGGUGUUCUGUGGAGGAUCUAUUCUAAGCGCACAGUGGGUCAUCACUGCAGCACACUGUAUAGAAGACAGCAAGCAGAAAGAGUUCUUCAUCAGAGUAGGUGAGCAUGAUGUCAGCAAGAAAGAGGACACAGAGCAGGACAUAACAGUGGAGAAGGCCAUAAUGCACCCUCGCUAUGACCCAUCCACCAGCCUAUACAACCAUGACAUAGCUCUUGUGCGUCUUGGCCGCUCCAUCAUUUUCAACAACCACGUGCGGUCCAUUUGCCUCGGACCCAGCAGCUUUAGCGAGAGCCUGCUUCAUUCUGGCACACCGGGCACCAUUAGUGGUUGGGGCCGGCUGCUAUUUCACGGAAGAACUGCAGAAGUACUUCAGAUAGCUGACGUGCCCUAUGUGGAUAGGAGCGACUGUAAGGAGAGCAGCAGUGAGCGGAUCACACACUUCAUGUUCUGUGCUGGCUAUAAGGACGCAUCAAAGGACGCGUGUCAGGGGGAUAGUGGGGGACCCCAUGUCAACCAGUAUAAAGGAACAUGGUUCCUUACUGGCAUUGUUAGCUGGGGGGAGGAAUGUGCCAAAAAAGGAAAGUAUGGCGUAUACACACGGGUAGGCAGCUACUACAAAUGGAUACAGUAUGUCAUUGGGAUCACCAAAAACAAGCCAGCUAAUGAUGUUGAGUUAUAAUUUGAAGAUUUUUUCUUUUUAUAUUAAUUUUUUUUCCCCCAAGAUUUAGAUUUUUACUAAACAGUAAUUUCAAGAAGGGGGCACGGUGGCUAUGUUGGUCUCACACCUCCAGAGUUGGGGAUCAAUACCUGCCUCCCUAUGUGUGUGGAAAUUGCAUGUUCUCCCUGUGCAUUGAGGGUUUUCUCCUCCAGUCCAAAGACAUGUGUUGUAGGCUGUAGGCAUCUCUAAGUUGUCUGUAAUGUGUGAAUCAGUAUGGGAUUGUACCCUCGUAUAGGGGUUUUGUUGGAGUUGUUGACAACUAAAUAUGAAUGGUUUCUUAAAUUAAAUGCAGCUUUUAGAUUUCUGCUACCCAAAAAAAAAUCAUUAAUCAUUCUUACCUUGAUUAUAGACUGAAAAAAAGCAUGUACAUUUAGCCAUCAAAUAGCGUCAUAUAUUUGAAUUAGUUACACUCUCCAUCUAGUUGUUCUUGAUGAUGACAGGGAAAAAAAUACAAAAAUGUACUUAGUAUUUCUUCAAAGCAAGCAUAAAAACAGGACAGGAUUCUAAAUGCAUACCAUGCAACACCCCUCCUCCGGUCUCCUCCCCUCCCCUCCCUACUGGACUGACAGAAAUCACUUCAUAAAUUCAUCACGCGGAGCCCAAAAAGCAAGCCGUGCUACAGCUUUGAACUCACACACUUCAGAGGAAGAGAAGAAAUGCGGUAUGCUGUGAAUAUCUGACACUCAAAGCCUACUUUUUGAUUGUGUGUGCCUAAAAAGACUCAUGGCCCAGUUCUGAAAAACCGCUGGAUCUCCCCAUCACAGAUCAAGGCUUUUCAACCAUUUCAGGGGCUUUUCAGAGAGAGAGAGGUAUGUGUGUGUGUGUUUGGGAUGGUGGUGGGGUUGUGGGUAUUGGGGGUCUGCAGAACUCUCCAAUUAAAACAGAAUUUCUAGAAAAUCUUUUAUUUAAACUCAUGUAAUACAACCGUCCAUAUAAAAAUUCUCCAUAAGUGCUACAGUUGCUACCUUUACAGUAUAGUGCAUACUUAUUUACAGAAAUUAAAGCUUUUCAUCAGUCAUAUUAAACUGGAAAUAAUAAUGUGCAGUGUCCAUAUUACAGAGAUGCUACAGUUUUUUGGGGCCUGGCAUAACAUUCUUAGCUGUAAAGUAAGAACUUACGAGCAAAAUAAAUAAAUUAGCACCGUAAAGAAAUGUGCACUUUGGAGUUGGUCCUGCUGCUCCACCAAACUCAUUUCCACUUCAAACGCAGACAUAUCAAAGCCAGCCCUCCGACUGGGGGCUUGAUUUGAUGUGGUAAAUUCAUAUAAGUCCACAAUCAAUAUUUAAUUAUGCGCUGAACCCAGUAGGCACAUUUCAUGACUGCACUAAAACCUUCUCUAAUAGGAAGCAAAGAUGUAUUAAAUAAAAAAAAGUGAGCAUGUUUCAAUUCAAUGUGUACGUCAAUCUCUGGCCCUCAUGACUUAAUUAAGGAUCUUCAUGCAUACAUGUGUUAAUAAUACUCCAACUGUCUCCUAAAAUUCUUUUUGGAUCUGAC